CCACCACCUGCCGUCAUAUGGACAUCCGUUGACAGCGACAGGACCACAGCACAACUUAGUACCUGUGUCGGUCUCUCCCGGUGUCUCUGAACCGGGCGGUGAAGGUAUAAUAAUGAAGCACAACCAAAGAGACGUUCAAAAACAGCCCAGCGGUGACAACUCCAGCGGCGGCACUUCAGGAGCAUCCGGAAUCGAGCGGACACCUGAGGAUCCGAACAGGGACUCACCUGACAGCGGGAAUCCACAGCCGACGGACCGACAGCCGCAGUUCUCAGGCGGAUACACCAUGAUACCACCAAUUGAGUCUAAGAGAGACAAGCUCCUAAGAGCUGUUCAGAAAGAAGAAGAGAUUUGCAAGCGAUGGAAAGAGGCAAACAGAGUCCCCGCUGUGCACAUGACUCCAGAGACGCUGGGUGGUAGCACAACAUUGUCUGGAGCCAGAGAGAGGCAGCAGACAGACUCACGUUACUCCAAACAGCAGAGGAGGCUGAAACAGGAAGAUUUGGACAGGAGGAAGAGACAAGAGGAGGAGGAGGAGUACCAGAAGAUGAAAGAUAUACAGAGGGAGAAGGCUCAGCGCCUGGAGGAGAGGAAGCAACGGGAGGAGCAGAGCAGGAGGGAGCAGCUCAGCCAGGAUCACGCCAGAAAGAACGAGCGCUUUCUGCUGAGGUUUGACAGGACAGCCUCAGGUCCACCAGCAUCCAGCUGUGCAGCGCACACGUCAUCCAGGAGCGAAGCCGUGGAGAGUAACCAGAGAGAGGAGUCGAAGGGUAGAGACGUACAGCAGGAGCACAGGAGGGUGAACCAAGCCUUUCUGGACAUUCUCGAGGGUCGGCCCGGGGGGAGAGAGAAGGAGACAAAGGAGGAAGGCGUUCAGGAUUUUGGACACCAGCCGUCCAACCCCCCUGGACAACAACUGCCCCCCGCUCAGCUGAACCAAGACCCAGAUCAGAGCUUCGCCGACUGGACAGAUGUUGCUGAUCCGGAUUAUGAUUGGGCCUUGGAGAAACUGAUGACCAGCUUUCCAGACUACAACAGGGCCUUCCUGGAGGACAUCCUGGACCAAUGCAACAGCGAUUUUGAGCAGGCCUUCACACUGCUGAAUAUACAUUGAAUCAAAUGUUAUGCACGCUUAAAUGGGAGGACCGGCUUUCCCUUAAUAUUGAGUUUGACACUUGGGGUGUUUGGCCAAGUAAAAAUGUAUAACCAGCGUUCAUGAGGAUAAAGAAAAGACCAUGGUGGUGGAUGUAAAUGCUGACAGCUGCAUCAAACAUAUACCUACAGAGCAGCGUUUGCUGCUUUUAAUCUGUGUUUGAUUAUGCCAUUAAUCAUUGCAUGCACUCGUGAGUCAUGUUGGGUCUUCGCCCUGACGAAGAGUUGAAUUGAUGUUCGUUUUCACCAGUUUAGCUGAAGGUCAUCGUCAUGACUCAGUCUUCAGAUCAUAUUUGGGACGCUUAAUCAAAUCAGUGUGCGCAUCUGGAAGAGAGCUCUCCCCACAUACAUGAUGCUUUUUGUUUGUCUCAUAAUCAAAGUCACAUGGGACGUAUCGAUUGCAGGAUUCUUCAGGACAACAAAAGAUUUUUGUAUCCAAAUGGGAUUUUCUGCAGAAAAAGGUUUCAGUGCAAAGGCACAAUAGCUUUGGAGGACUUCAAUAAAACAGCUUCUUGAGAACGCUC